CUACGCACGUCAUGUUUGUACAGAAGGUACAUUCCCAAGGCAUAAGCGUCAUUUUAAAUUAAAGGUAGCUCACAGCACUGACACUUGUUUUCCAUUUUAGUAACGUAUACAAAUCCAACAACACGACAAGCUAACAGAUAUCGAUUGAAAAUGACUAACAAUAAGCUACACGUUUUUUGUUUGUUUGUGUUAACUAUUUGCAUUGUUAUAAACAAUACAAUAUGCGCAAAAACCGAAGAAGACUGCAUCCAUUUGAUUUCCCGUAACAGCUAUAGAUUUUUUAAAUUGAAUGAUGAUCAAAAAAUCGAUUUGCUAGAAUAUCUCUUGCCCACAUUCGGAUAUGAGGGAUUAAUUGGAAUCAUUCACCCGCCAGAUAUUGAGUUGUUGGGAGUCUUGAAUGAAAACGAGUUAGCUUCAGAAUAUCAAAAAAUAUACGACAGAGAAAUGACAAUUCGAGCGGAAUUAAUAAGAAUCUCUAAUGUGCUAAAUUAUGAAUUUCCUCCCGACAAGACUUAUGCCAUCGAGAUAAAGGCAAGAAGAAAUAUUUUUAAUUCAACAUUUCGCUAUGUUCUUCAUGACAGAUUAAAAGACGCCCAAAUGUGCGUGAAUGACGAAGGCAAAAAAUGUUUAUUGGUCGGGUUAAUCAAGCGUACACUAAAUUAUCGGUUAAUAAAUAAACAAGAAUGUACUGAUGACGGAAAUUGUGUUGUAACUUCACAUCAGUUUCUUACCAACUUGUCAGGAUUACCUGACAGAAGAAUGUUGUAUAUGGAACCACCUGCGGUGGAGAUAUAUCGAGAUCAAUUAGACACCAAUGGAAGCUGUUAUAAAACAUUAUUCAGUGGCCCAGACGGAGUACUCAUACCUUGGACAGACAAUACACAAGUAGAAUCAAGCUCCUCAGACGACGAGUAAAUUUAAUUGCAUAUUGAUGUUACUAUUGUAUUUUAGUUGAAAUCAUCGUUUUAUUAACUAAAUGUUUCAAUAUCAUUAGAACUAUAUUAACUAAUAAACUAUUAUAAUCAAUACUUUAA